CUAUGAACAAGAACAGUCAGCUGAUCAAGAACAUCUACUGCGCGGUCGCAGAUGUGCAGCCUUCGGGCGGUUACUGCCUGUCUGACAGACACAUCUUAACUGGACAUAAUGAAGCCUGGGAUGGAAAGCUGUGCAAGGCGCUGGAGGAACUGUUCGGAUACUCGAGCGUGGGGGACUUCGGCGCCGGCCUGGGCCACUACGGCCGCUGCUUCCUUCGGCACGACGGAGACUUCAUCGUCCGAGGCAACGAGAUCGAGCGAAACGCGUUAACUAGGUUCUUUUGGCAGGAGAUGACGAAAGCCAAGCUCGCUCAAACGCCGCAGGUGAUCCAGUCAUGGCACGGUGCGUACUUUGAGGCUUCAACAUUGUCCUGGCUACGACGGAGGCUCCAACAUUGA